CAAUAAAUAGUGCACUACCAAAUUCAACUCCUUUUAAUUUCUCUCCACAAAUGGCAAGGCACUAUACACUUUCAAAAGCUUUAAUUUUGCUAUGGCUUAAUACCAUAGUGCACACACAUGUACUAUCGCAACCAUGGUCACCACUAGAUGCACCUAAAGAAAUAGCCCAGCAACUUAUUCGUGACCCUGUGAUCCUUUCACUAGCCUCAACCGAUUUCGGCCACAUAGUUCACAAAAACCCGUUUGCGAUUUUCACUCCGUCGUCCGUUAAGGACAUUUCCAAAUUGAUAAAAUUCUCAAAAACUCUUCCCAUUCCGUUCACUAUAGCUCCAAGAGGGCAAGCUCACUCGCUUCGUGGACAAGCCAUGACAAACAAUGGGCUUGUGGUGAAUAUGACUGCAUUGAAUGAGUUUAGAAAUGGGAGUGGGAUUGUGGUGUUUGAUAAGGAAACUCCUCCAUAUGUAGAUGUUCGGGGUGGGCAAAUUUGGAUUGAUGUGCUUCAUGCUACGCUUCAACAUGGACUUACACCCCUCUCUUGGACUGACUACUUGUAUCUAUCAGUUGGUGGAACUCUCUCCAAUGCUGGGAUUAGUGGCCAAACCUUUCGAUUCGGUCCUCAGAUUUCCAAUGUUCAUGAAUUGGAUGUUGUUACGGGGAAAGGUGACACCGUGACUUGUUCUACAAAGAAAAACUCAGAUUUAUUUUACGCCGUUCUUGGAGGAUUGGGCCAAUUUGGGAUUAUAACCAGAGCAAGAAUAGCUCUUGGACCUGCACCUACUAGGGCGAAGUGGCUCCGUUUAUUGUACAAUGACUUCUCUGCAUUUUCUAGAGACCAAGAACAUUUAAUCUCAUUCAAUGGAAGAAACGAUACGAAUGCACCUGAUUAUGUUGAAGGCCAACUUCUGCUGAAUCAACCGUCACAGGCCCUAUCAUUCUAUCCAGGAUCUGAUCAACCACGCAUAACUUCACUAAUAACCCAAUUUGGCAUCAUCUAUAUCAUAGAACUUGUCAAAUACUACGAUGAUAGUUCUGAAGAUCACAUUGACCAAGAAAUUGAACUUUUGACUCAGGGAUUAAAGUUUGUUCCUACGUUUAUGUUCGAAAAGGAUGUCUCGUACGAACAGUUUCUGAACAGAGUUCAUGAUGAUGAGCUUCUUCUCAGGUCACAAGGAUUGUGGGAUGUUCCACAUCCUUGGUUAAACCUCUUUGUUCCAGCAUCUAGAAUCUCUGAUUUUGAUGAAGGUGUGUUCAAGGGCAUAAUUCUAAAGCAAAAUAUAACAGCAGGGCUUGUGCUAAUCUACCCCAUGAACAAAACAAAGUGGGAUGACAAGAUGUCAGCAGUUACACCUGAUGCAGAUGUUUUCUAUGUGAUAUCUUUUUUGCGUAUAGCUAAUUUUGAAACAUUGGAAGCACUUCAAGUUCAAAACCAACAAAUAAUACAAUUAUGUGUGGAUAUUGGUAUAGGGAUGAAGCAAUAUCUUCCCCUAAUCAAAACACAGGAAGAAUGGGUGGCACAAUAUGGCCUCAAAUGGAAAACCAUCCAAGACAGAAAAAUUCAAUUUGAUCCCAACAAAAUAUUGUCACCUGGACAAGGGAUUUUCAAUUAGCUAAGAAAAAAAUAAGAAGGUAGGUUCUAAGUUCCUGUUUCUUAUUUAAUCUUUUUUAUAUUAAUUUGUUGUACAGUAAUUGAAUAAGCAGUUCAAGAAAUAAAUUUGUAUGAUGAAUUGGAUUGCUUUCACUUGAUCUUGUCUUUUAUUUCUCUUAAGGGUAAAUUAGGUUAGUAGCCUAGUAGUUAUAUUGUUAUCCUCAAUUGUAUAUAAAGUAUUGUGAUGUCACAUGUAUGAUCACCCUUAAUUCCAGUGAUAGAUUUGUUAGUGUAAAUUGUAAUUUUUUCAUUA